UUUUGAAAUCACCGGGACGGAAACUGUUCAUGUAGCUACGUAAUGCUACCUCAUUCUGUUGCCCGCAUCUUCCCAAAUCAAAAAACAGCGAAGGAGGCUGCAUUUGUCGGGCUUAAAUUAAGUCUUUAGUUCUGUAGUUGCUAGUUUUAAGUGAUGUAGAAUGGCAUCGGCCUUUGGAAAGAUAGUCGUGGGUACUUAUGUGGAGAUAAAGCGGAGUGAUGGACGUAUUCAUCAGGCAAUGGUGACCUCUCUAAAUGAAGACAACGAGAGUGUAACGGUGGAGUGGAUAGAAAAUGGUGACACAAAAGGGAAGGAGAUUGACCUGGAGAGUAUAUUUACACUUAAUCCAGAUGUUGCUCCAGAUGAGGAGAUUGCCCCUAGCCCAGAGACCCUGCCCCCUCCUACACCCACCUGUGUGAAGGUCAACAAAAUUGCAAAGAACCGACGAACGAUAGCACCUAGUAAAAGUGAAACUCCAUCCAAAGACAACAGAGCUAUUCCAACCCGGAUCAGACCUCCACAGUCUCAGCAAGUGGAGCCUGCCCCCCCUCCUCCUCCUCCCCCACAGCCUGCACAGCCGACUCAAGCCCAGACCCAGCAGCAGCUACAGAAUGAGUCCUCACAUCUUCUGAUAUCCAGAAAGGAGUUGGGACAGUUUUCAAGGAGGAAGUCAAACUGUGUGAAGGAGGUGGAGAAACUGCAGGAGAAAAGAGAAAGACGUCGACUUCAGCAACAGGAGCUCAGAGAGAAGAGAGCCCAGGAGGUGGACGCUACCGUUCCUAAUUAUGAGAUUUUGUACAUGAUCCGAGAUUUCCGAGCCAGUCUGGACUACCGGCCCUUAACCACAGCAGACGUGAUUGAAGAGCACAGAAUAUGUGUUUGUGUGAGGAAACGUCCCCUCAACAGGAAAGAGCUGACUGUGAAGGAUCUUGAUGUGAUCACCAUUCCCAGUAAAGAUGUGGUGAUGGUUCAUGAACCAAAACAAAAAGUAGACCUGACCCGCUUUCUGGAGAACCAGACCUUCCGCUUUGACUAUGCCUUUGAUGAAAGCACAGCCAAUGAGAUGGUCUACAGGUUCACGGCCAGACCGCUAGUGGAAACCAUUUUUGAGCGGGGCAUGGCCACCUGCUUUGCCUACGGACAGACGGGCAGCGGUAAAACACACACUAUGGGUGGAGAUUUCUCUGGGAAGAACCAAGACUGCUCUAAAGGAAUUUAUGCAUUAGCAGCUCGGGAUGUUUUUCUCAUGCUGAAGAAACCCAACUACAAGAAGCUUGAACUACAAGUGUACGCAACCUUUUUUGAAAUCUACAGUGGAAAGGUGUUCGACCUGCUGAACCGUAAAGCUAAACUGAGAGUCCUGGAGGACGGGAAGCAGCAGGUCCAGGUUGUUGGUCUUCAGGAGAAAGAAGUCAAGUGCACAGAGGACGUCCUGAAGCUGAUCGAAGUAGGAAACAGCUGCAGAACAUCAGGGCAGACGUCGGCCAAUGCUCACUCAUCACGAAGCCACGCUGUAUUCCAGCUCAUUCUCCGGAGGAGGGGAAAGAUGCAUGGAAAAUUCUCACUCAUCGACCUGGCGGGGAACGAGAGGGGAGCGGACACAUCAAGUGCAGACCGUCAGACUCGUCUGGAGGGAGCGGAGAUAAACAAAAGUCUGCUGGCCCUUAAGGAAUGUAUCCGAGCUCUUGGUCGUAACAAACCCCACACUCCGUUCAGGGCCAGUAAGCUCACCCAGGUCCUGAGAGACUCCUUCAUCGGGGAGAACUCACGCACAUGCAUGAUUGCAACAAUCUCUCCUGGGAUGACAUCCUGUGAGAACACACUCAACACGCUACGCUAUGCUAACAGGGUGAAGGAGUUUGGCAUUAGUCCAUCCGACAUCCCCUUCUCCCAGGGCAGCCAGGGUGGUCGCCCUGAGCACUCGCCCACCAAUACCUUUGAGUAUGAUGAGUUUGCUGCGACCUCUCCCAGCAGGGUGAAGGAGCUCACAGUGGACCCCAACCAGAUGAUGGAGGGAGGACGACCCAACAUCCAAUCCGUCAACCAGCUGGAUAUUUUAGAUGAGGAGUGGCUGAGUAUCUCACCGCAGAGAGACGACCUUAAACUGCUCUGUGAGCAAAAUGAGGAGGAGGUGUCUCCCCAGCUCUUCACUUUCCAUGAAGUUGUGUCUCAGCUGGUGGAGAUGGAGGAGCAGGUCCUGGAGGAUCACAGAGCGGUUUUCCAGGAGUCCAUCCGGUGGCUGGAGGAUGAGAAGGUGCUGCUGGAGAUGACAGAGGAGGUGGAUUAUGAUGUGGAGUCGUACGCCACACAGUUGGAGCAGAUCCUGGAUCAGAAAAUAGAAAUCCUCUCUGAGCUCCGAGAUAAAGUGAAGUCGUUCCGCUCUGCGCUCCAGGAGGAGGAGCAAGCCAGCAAGCAGAUCAAUCCCAAGAGGCCACGUGCUCUUUAGAGCCGGAGGGAGAGAAGGGUUAAGUUGCACAUUCAGAAACAUUACCACUAGAUGUUUGGCACAACUCAAGUUGUCACUAGCAGCUGUGAAAACACAAAUUCAAGGACUGUAACAGGAUGAAAGAACUAACAGAACUGACUUGUUAGAAAAUUAGGAAGGGAAACGUUUUUCUUUCCUUUUGUUUAGUUUUUUCUCUGAAUGAGAUUGUUUCCUUCAGUGUUCUUAAAUUAUUUUCUUUUAUACUUCUUUAUACUUAGCAGAGUUCUUUAAUCUGCUUUAAACAGAUGUUGAAUGAAGAUGUUCUAACGUUUGUCACACAGAACCAGUGUUCUGGCUGGCAUGUCUGCAUGUGCACUCAGAUAGCUUAUGUAAACCUCUGCUUAGUCCUCCGUUCUCAUCGUGACGUCAAAUCUCAUUGUGGCGUCAUCUUUUUCUUUCUUUCUCAGUUUUUACUCGUUUGAAGAACUCUUUAAAAAUCACUUUUUGUUUGUUCCCUUCCUCGCGUUUCUGAGGUCUUGUAGUUUGCUUCAGGUCUGUGCCGGCUCGUUUUAUACUGCAGAAACAUUUCCACCCAUUUAACUCUAUUGUAAAGAAACUAGAAAGAACUGUUAAUAAAUGUAUGGUGAAGACCAACAACCGUCUGUUUGUACCAGAUGUAGUGCGGGAUGACGUUCUUUUGUUUUGACUGAUUUAGGCGACGGGUUUAAAUAAAAUGACGCUUUCAAAAGAUGGACUGAAACCCCUUUGAAUGUGGAAAAACUAAAUCCAGCUUCAAAACAUUCUGUCAAAUUAUAUUAAAAACAUUUAUUUUCCUUUCUAACCCUUAAUACUGAGGGGCUGUGGUAUCUGAACACCUAAGGUUUCCACCUGAUCCUUGUUUAAUUCAAAAAUACCAUGAUAGAUCUGAGCUUCAGUAACAUCCUUGGUGUGUUCAUACUGUGUCUAGUUUCUAAUUCCAUUUUUGGUUCUUUUUAAAACACGGGAAAGGUUUCUCUUUACCUUGACGAUUUCGUUUGCCGCAUGUAAUUUUGCGGGGGGACAUGCCCCCCCUUUCCAAAGUCAAGUUUUGACCCCUGCACUUUUUACCAUCCAAAAACAAUAUUACACUAUAUUAAAUUGACACUGGUUGCGCUCUAGGACCAAGCAGAAAAUGAUCGUUUGUGUUGAAGCCCAUUUCCCAUUGGAGCAUACUGCUCUCUGCUGCCCUCUGCUGGCUGUUACGGUUAUCUACAAUUACAAACUAACCACAAAUGCAACGACUGACCAGAAACGAAUUUCAUUCCCUGGUUAGUGAAUUUUACAGAAAAGAAAUCUGUAUAAUUUUUUAAAAGAUCAUUCCUAUGAACAUAGCAUUCAUUUAAAAAGUCUUAGUUUAUUUUUUAUUCAGCUGCAAUUUUCCUAGUGUGUAAAGUAGUUUAUGAAAGUUAUUUAUGCUCCUUUCAGUUUAUGCAGGUGUUUUAAUUUUGAUUUCCCCAUCUUCAUUCUAAUCCAGUUAUCUGUGUCAUAUAGUCUUAUUGUACAGAUGUGAGAAACUGAUUUAGUUAGGAUCCGAGAUGUUUUUACUGUCAAACGAGAGUGAUGCAGAUUUUUUACCUGCACAUUACAUAGUUAAGCUUCUGAAGAUUAAACAAACACACACACACAGUCCCAAACUAAUCCAUGCUCAUAGGCAGAAGUUUAAGAUAAGACUCAAUGUGAGCCGUUUUAAUGCACCUAUUUUCAGAACUCCGUUCGUUUGAGCCCAACUCCAGGACAGAAACAGUCACUUUUUGAGCAUCAGAUGUCUCAGGAGGCUUUUCUUAUGAAAAGUGGAUUCCUGCGGAGUUGAAUGCAUGCAGCAGCCUGAGGAUGAGAAAAUACCAACACUUAUGAAGAUGUUUUUGUAAUUGAAACAAUCCACUCAUCAAACUUACACCAUGAAGUCAUCGAUGUCCAUGGACCUUGCUCUCUUCUCACUGAAAUUAGCCUCCUGCAGAACACACUCGAUUUUUUUGCUGAUACUAAAAUCUGCUGGAACUUCCUGUUGAGAUUAAAAUGGUUUAAGAUUCAAACUCACUGAUCGAUUAACCCAGUAGCAGCUGUAACGGAAUGAAAUGACUGUUUUCCACCAAAAGUCAUUUUCCCCCUCCCCUCUGACACAGAACUAGUCAGCAUGACAUAUGGCCUCAAGGUCUCAUGCAUUUGCUUCUAAACUGCUUCUUUCCAGCUCGAGAAGAAUGAAGACAAGGAAUCUCCUUUUAAUAAAUUAAAGAACUCUUAUUUUUAAUAAAGCUAAUCAAACAAAGUGUUAGUCAAUAAUAAGAUGUGAACCAGCCUGUGAAAUCAAAAUAUUAAUUACUUUAUUAUAAUCCUACAGAAUAUAAUAAGUAAUAUGUCUUUAAAUGUUUCCACUAGGACUGAUCUCGCGUAGCGCUAAGACAUGACACAUUGCUUUUACUGAACCAAUCAGAAUCUGCCAGAUCUGACGGAGGCGUGGUUUUGGUGGUGCUUGGUAAAUCUGUCAUCUUUUCAUUCGACCAUAAACCAAAACAUCCGAAGUAUAAAACUACGUCCACGUCAUCUUUAACGCCAGUUCAAAGAGUUCUAGAGAAGUUGGAGCGGCCAAUCCGUAACUUUCCUCUUCAGCCGAAAGAACCAACGACAAGCUGGAUAAAAUCUGUUGCUGUUCGAACUGCUGCAACUGUUCCUUUCAGAAUAAAAUCUGAACCAUCACGACCCAGUUUUGGGUCUCGCUAGAUGCCAACAAAACUGUCGUGACCCGGAAGUAUCUCACAGACUGGUCUGGUCGGCAACCGCUGCUUUUCCUACCGGCUUCAGUUCCAGAGAGGGUCAAGCUGGACCUCGACAUUCCCGAUCUAACGGGGAUUUCCACAAGGGUAUGUAGGCCGAUGGAAUGGCGUCGAAUGUGUUUAUGAAUCUCCUAACCAAAGCUUAACGCGAAGACAUCACCUUCAUUUCCCCACCAGAACUAAUCGUUUCUUCGGAUUUGCAGGUUCUGAACAACGUUCCACAUUACAUCAUUCACCUUAGUUACACCACACAUUUAGUGUUAAAGUUAGUCUAGUUUUAAUUUGUUUAGUAAUAAAUCUUUAAACUUUUAAAACCUGACUCUCUCUUCUGUUGUCUCUGAAUUAAUACGAGGUUGUUACAUAAUCCCUGCAAUAAAAAGUUCCAAUCUUCUGGUUAAACAGUACCCAUGAUUUCGUAUUUACUAUGGAAUCUUAUGCCUUAUGGCUUAUUAAAUAACAUGUAAAUUAACUCAUUACACAGCACAGGAUGGGAUUUGUUUUGAAUAAAUUAAGCUGUUGAGUAUUUUACUCACCACAUUGUGGACAGAACAGUGAAUCCUGUAGUUCUUCUCCAGCAGCUGCUCCACUGCAGAAGACCUGGAAAUGUAAAAACAAACAUCAGACUAAACAGUUCUUAUAAUUCUGAGUCUAAAGUUUUUGUCUGCUUACUUAAACGCUGCAUUCAGGGUUUUGUUCUUGCGUACAAAGGCGAUUCGAACCAGACCGUCCCACUCCUAACGAAGACAGAAGUUUAGUACAUAAUAUGCUCUUAAGAAGAUCCACCAGCAGAGCUAAAACUCACCUGGAAAUUAACUGGAGGAGGAGGAUUUUUCGGUUCUAUCCUAACAACACUUGACUCAACUUUAGGAGGAGGGCGGAAAUUAUUUUUGCCCACCUGGAAAAAGGAGAAAAAAAACAACAAAGAAGAAGAAAAAAAAAAAGAUCAGCAUGGGAACACAGAUAUGUGUUUCUGUAAACCAGCGAGUGUCUCAGACAGUGUACCGACCUUCAUGAGGUGGUCCACACGAGCCAGCAGCUGAGUGUUGAUGGACAGCCUGCAGUACAGCUUAUCUCCGGGUUGGGCAACGAGCCGCAUAGCAAACUCCCUCUGGAACAUCAGCACUGCACAUCU